AUGUGUCAAGUGACACAUAAAAUAAUGGAUUCUCUUACAGUCUCUACCAUGUGGGUGGUUCUAGGACAGAACCAAAGUUGGGUCUCUGAGUUCAUCCUGAUUGGCUUCUCCAGCGAUCCCACAACCAACAGCAUCCUCUUCAUUGUCUUCCUUCUCAUCUACCUGAGCUCAGUCCUGGGCAAUGGGCUCAUCAUCAUGCUGGUCUGCCUGGACACACAGCUGCACACUCCCAUGUACUUCUUCCUCUGUACCCUCUCCCUGUUGGAUAUGAGCUAUGUCACCACCACCAUGCCCCAGACGUUAGUGCAUCUUCUUGCUCACUCUCAGACCAUCUCUUUUGCUGGCUGCUGGCUGCAGAUGUUUAUGUUUAUGUUCGGUGGACUGGGUAUAACUGAGGGCACCUUCUUUGUUGUCAUGGCUUAUGACCGGUAUGUGGCCAUUUGUUAUCCACUGCGCUAUACUGUCAUCCUCAACUGGGGCCUCUGCAUACUGUUGGCAGCAGGGUCUUGGAUUUGUGGUUUCUUUUCAUCUUUAUUACAUACUUUCUUCACCAUGAGUCUGCCAUACUGUGGGCCCAACAGGGUUAACCACUACUUGUGUGAAGGUCCUUCAGUGCGUAGCUUGGCUUGCAUGGAUACACACAUCAUUGAGAUGGUAGACUCGGUCUUGAGUGUCAUUUUGGGUGUUACUCCCAUUUCCCUCAUUGUGGCCUCCUACAUUCGUAUUGCCAUGGCAAUUCUCAAAAUCAAGUCCACAGAUGGCCGCUACAAGGCUUUCUCUACCUGUACCUCCCACCUGACUGUGGUAACAUUCUUUUAUGUUCCAGCCACUUACACCUACUUGAAGCCCAACUCUAGCUACUCCCCUGAGCAAGACAAGCAGGUCUCACUCUUUUACAGUGCUUUUACACCAUUGCUCAACCCUGUGGUCUAUAGUCUGAGGAACAAAGACAUCAAGAGGGCAUUUCUCAAGGUGAUGGGUUAUGGCAGGUGUGCCAGUGGACCACGAUAA